AUGGCCGACGCACAGACACUUGAUCUAUUCAAUGGUUUACCACUUGAUUAUAAUUUCCUUGGAGGAGGAGAUGUAUCACCAGAAAGUCCAAGGAAUGCUACUACCAACAGUGCGUCUUUUGCUGCUAGUGGACCGCUCAUGGGGACAGAUGAUCAAAUGCUAUUUGAUAGUGACGUGCCUGGUUCAUCGCAUACUUUUGUGAUGACACCAAAGGCUGAGAAUGAGGAUUUACUAACACCUCUUUCGUUUUCUUUUAACCCUAAUGGGAUCACAGCCAUGGGUUCAAACUACCGCGUGGCGUCACAGCAUAAACACAAACGCGUACGUUCGAAUCCGGACGUUUUACAAGGCUUUGGCAUGGCCAACAUGGCGUCAAGUGCAAGGACAUCUUCUAUUAUGAGUUUGAAUGGUAUGAGUUUUCAUCAACAGCAUAAUGUGAUGCCUACUGGACCAUUUGAAGUGGAGCUACCGGUUAAUCCUAUACCUUUUGGAGGCAUAGCGACACCACGCGGAGAAUCAUUUGAAGAAAUGGAUGAUUUUCUCCAGAAUUUGUCUUGGUCUGAACCAAGUGUUGAUCAUCAACAGCAAAGACAGCAGCAACAGAUGUUAAGAACGCAUGUUGUGGGUAUUGAAGAAAAUGGUGCUCUUGUUAAUGAAGACGCGUCGCCUGUUUCCUACCGUUCACAUCGUAUUCAAGAAGGUGUAAAUGAGCUCAAAAUGAAGCGGAAACGUCCUGUAAAUCAUCACUCGAGGCACCAUUCUAACCCUGUGGACUUGUUGCAUAAUUUGGAUCAGUUUCGUAUUCUGGCAGAGCAGAACAAGCAACAGCAACAAGCGCAGCAGCAAUAUGUGCAGCAGCAGAAUAUGCACUCGACUCAAGGGUAUUUGAAUCCGUUUGCCAGCUUUCAAGAUCAUGCGGCGUAUCCGGCACGUCUACAAACUAACAUGCAGCAAUAUCAGUUUCAAGUACCUCCCCAGGUUGAUUGCGGUACCGUGCACUCGCUGCAUGGACGUCGAUCGUCUUUAGGCAGCAAUAUGCCACCGCGUGCAGCAGCUCGCAGGCGUGGUGGUCCAAACCACUCGUCAGGUUUAUCGAUGGAUAUGUCCCAGAUGAAUCUAGGGUUUCUUUCGCUUCCGGAGGAGCCAUGCAUGGCUGAGCUCAACCCGCACCAUUCACCGCAGCAACGUAGCAUGAACAGUUCUGCCUCUUCAUUAGGCAGCAAGAAGAUGAGUAUCGACGACGCGAACCGAAAGUUGUACAAGUGUGGUCGCUGUGGGCAGCCUAAGGUAGGUCAUAUUUGCACAAUGCCCGACCAGCGAAACAAUUGGACCCAAGUGGACCUCGGGGUUACGAAGGGGCUUAAGGUUGUGCGUAUUAAUUGCCACGUUAUACCAGUGAAGAGCAAAUGGGUGACGCAGUGUGAUGACCAUGAACCACCACAGCUUGAUAUCAAGGGUGACAUUAAAACCGUGGAAGAAAGCAAAAUAGAGCCACUGGGGCUCUGA